CCAGUCCGGAUGUUCCCCAGUAGCGAAUAACGAGCAGCAGUGUGUGUGAAUGUGGCAACCGAGGUAGACAGGGAGGGGUAGAAAGACCGACCGGACCAGGAUUGUUGUCUUUUUUUCUUUAUUUUCCUUUUCUCACAGAACCAAAUGUUCACAGCGCAUGUUACGGCACGGUUGUGAAGUUGUUUGUAGAGCAGAAAAACCAACCGCCGCUGCUUUUCUUCGGGACUAACCGUUACCGUUGUGAAAACAGCCCCGAAGAAAGAAGGAAAGGGAGAAACAACAUGGGGCGAUAAUUUAAAAAAAAAAAGAAAAGAAAGAAGAAGGUGUUGUAAACUGACGAUGACUCCCUGGGAGGAUCCGUGAAGCUUAUUUAUUUUUAUUUAUUCUCCCUCUUCCUUUCCCCCCUGUCUUUUUUUUUUGUUUUAUCAUUACAUUUUUCUCCUCCCCUGCUACUCAGGGAGGUAGUUUUUUUUAAGGAAAAGGGCAACUAGAGGACUGAAAUGAUGGACCAAGCCGACAUCCUGAGAAAGUUUAUCCAGGGGGUGAAGGCCAUGAGAGAAGGGGACGAGGAGAGGGGAGAGGACAACUUCGGCAGCGACUUUAUGCGGUUACGGCGAUUAUCAACCAAAUACCGGACGGAAAAGAUCUACCCCACCAACGUAGGAGAGCGAGAGGAGAAUGUCAAGAAGAACAGAUAUAAAGAUAUACUGCCAUUUGAUCACAGUAGGGUGAAGCUGACGUUAAAAACAACCAAUCAGGACACAGAUUACGUCAAUGCAAAUUUCAUCAAGGGCAUGGAUGGCCCAGAGGCCUACAUUGCAACUCAGGGCCCGCUGCCGAACACUGUCAUGGACUUCUGGAGGAUGAACUGGGAGUACAAUGUAGCUGUUAUUGUAAUGGCUUGUCGAGAGUAUGAGAUGGGAAGGAAAAAGUGUGAGCGGUAUUUCCCGAUGCGAGGGGAGGAGCCCAUGAGUUUUGGCCCUUUCCGAAUCUCCUGUGACUCAGAGCAGACCAGAACAGACUACUUUAUCAGGUGUCUGUCGGUGGAGUAUGAUAACGAAAGACGGAGGAUAACACAGUUCCAUUAUAUGAACUGGCCUGAUCACGACGUCCCCUCAUCAUUUGACUCCAUACUGGAUAUGAUAGGACUAAUGAGAGAAUACCAAGAGAAUGAUGAUGUCCCUAUAUGUGUGCACUGCAGUGCAGGCUGUGGGAGGACGGGUGCUAUCUGUGCUAUCGACUACACGUGGAACCUCCUCAAAGCUGGGAAAAUUCCAGAAGAUUUUAACGUUUUCCGGUUGAUCCAAGAAAUGAGGACGCAGCGACACUCCGCUGUCCAGACCAAGGAGCAGUAUGAGUUAGUCCAUAGAGCGAUCGCUCAGCUUUUUCAGAAACAACUGCAGCUACUGGAGAGUCCCACCAACACGCAGAUACACGAUGGCAUGGAUGAAAGUAGUCCAGUCAAAGCGGCCCACCAGUCAGACGACGAGAGAUGGGACACACCUCCUCCAAAACCUCCUCGCAUACGCAGCACCCAGGUAGAAGGUGAUGUCAAGGAAGAGAUACUCCAGCCCCCGGAGCCUCACCCCGUACCCCCCAUUCUGACCCCGUCUCCCCCCUCAGCCUUCCCCACUGUCACCAACGUACGGCAGGACAACGACCGCUACCACCCCAAACCUGUCAUACACGUCCUGGCUACUGCACAACAUAAUGUGACAAAGAAUCAAGACGUUGACAAGCAGCAGAACCAGUCAGAGCCCAGUCCAAACACGCAGACCAGUCCCUCAGAACAAAAAGACCAAGAUCUGCUAAGUCGAAAACAGCAGACCCAGGUCUCAAACCUAGAUCUUAAUGACAACUAUAACAACAAAUUAUCUUCAACAUCCACAAAGUCAGAAUCGGGCCAAAGCCAGACCCAGACUCCCUCCUCCCCCCUCUCGCCAGUCGUUGAAUGUUCCGGUGCUCCUCGGAUCGAGAGGAAGCUGAGCAUUGAGAUUAAAAAGGUGCCGUUGCAGGAAGGACCUCGUAGCUUUGACACUUCCUCCUCUAUGGGAGUAGCGGGCGGAGUGGGCAGCGGUUCAACCAACAGUGCGGCCAUGCUGCAAAGAGGCCACGCCUUCAAAGCCCGCUCGGGCCAAUCCCUGCUGACGUCUAGCUCCUCGCUGUCGGAGGACUCGGGCACGGAGGGCGGAGCGGGUGGAUGCGGGGAUGGUCAAGCGGAUGGAGGGGUCCUAGCCAGACCAAACCACCUCCCUGUGAAGAGCGAGAAGGGCGACGCGCACGCAGGGGAGAGAGCGGAGCCGAAGGCCGGCCACGCAGCGUGGGCUCAACCGUGCAACAGCCCCGAAAAACACUUCCCAAAGACCUCCUCCUCCUCUUCCUCGUCAGACCGCGUCGCCCCAUCUUCCUCCUCCUCCUCCCACCUCUCCUCCUCCUCUUCCUCCUCCUCCUCCACUCCUGUUAGGACUGCCCUGAGUUUCACCAACCCCCUGCACUCUGAUAACUCGGACGAAGAGGGGGAUGGAGAGAUGUUUGGAGGAAGGGAGGGUUGUCGUACUAAUGUAUCCACGGCGACAGCCAUGGUUACUUCGUCCUCUCACCACGGAGACCACCAGCCGGUCAGGAAGGUGUCGCCCAUGUCGAUCGCAGGGCAGAGCUCUCCGUCACCCACAGCAAACUGCUGGGACAGCGACGACUCCCCCCCCCCCCUCCCCGAGAGAACCCCUGAGUCCUUCAUACUGGCCACAGACCCUUUGGAAGUGAGGACAUCAGCUUCGGCCGAUUGGAGCGGUUCACACAAAGAUGUGUCAGACUGCGUUAAGAAGAUGUCUCCAACUGACCCUGCAUCUGCUGGCACCACGGCAACAGACAGCAAGUCAGACCUGGGGUUCGGUAACCGCUGCAUUCAGCCCAAAGGCCCUCGAGACCCCCCCCUGGAGUGGACAUGAUGGAACGACCCGUCUGUCCGUCCAUCAACAGUCUCCUCCCUCGCCAAGAGAUGGACUCUCUCCUGGCUGGUCCAAAACCAAGUUGAUAGAUGCUACACAGGCAGCAAAGUUUUACAUAGAAACACUUUCUGUGUAACUCUGUGCCAACACGUUCUCAAGACUGAGCACCUCUCCUCUUCCUCCUCUUCUUCCUCCUCCUCCUCUUCCUCCUCCUCCUCUUCCUCCUCUUCAGUCCCUCCUUCAAAGUGCCACUGUGCAAAGCAGAAGAACACUUACUGGUCAAGUGGCUUUUCAAUUUUGGAACGAAGCCCACGUUCUUGAGGUUUUGGCCUCUCUAGACGCUGACCUGGGAUCAGUCUGCUUAUUUCCCUGUUAAUGAUUGAAGGAUAAUUCCUGUUUUGUUUUGUUUUUAUCCCUGUUUUUGGUGACUUAAGAGUAAAUUAGGAAAUGUUCCGUAGACACAUCCUGAAUAUUUAUCCAUUCUUAGACGAAUUGAACGGGGAUGUAGUUCUAGUAAAGUUGUUCUCUUUAAAUAAAUAGGGAGAAAGCUUUCAUACCAAAAUGAGAAAAAAAGUAACUUUUUUUUUUCAUCAUGAAUCAGGAAUUAUCUUUAAUCAGAAAAGCUACUGUGGGAAGCUGAUUUCCUGAGGUUUAACUGAACUCCCAGAAGGUGUCUGCUUGCUCCUACUGGACGAACAACAAUCUUCAAAGCGAACCUAGAUAAUCUGUUACCCAUGAUGCAACCUCUUCUGUCGGGUAUGUACAGGUUGCCCGGGUGCUCUCUCUCUCUCUCUCUCUUUCUCUCUCUCUCUUUCUCUUUCUUUUACUGUAUCUCUGUGUCUCUCUCUCCCUCUUUCUGUGCGCUGGUGCUACAUUACUAAGGAUCAGCAUAGAGACAGAAAGACUAGAGCUGACAUUCACCUGUUUCUCACCUCUUAUCUGCAGUAAUGUCUGCUCUAGUACUUAAUAUUUCUAUGCUGACCUCCCUUUUUUUUUUUUUUUUUUUUUUUUUUUACCAGAGUCGUAGAUUGAUGCAGUUUGGUCAUUCUAGUGGUCAUGAGCAGCCAUAUUGGCUCCGGAGUCCUGCUCUGUGGCUGUUAAAUAGAUGCUGAAUCUGUAGCGGUGGACUUUAUAGUAAAGUUGUCAUUUUUCUGUGGCGUCAGAAUGCAAAGACAUGUGAAAUUGAAAUGUAUGGUGUCAGGAAAAGGUGAAACUAUACAACAUAUUUGGCUUGUGACCCUUUUUAAAGUGAAACAAUCUCAACUUGUUACAGGUUGUUUAUGUCUAAAAGUUGCAAGCAGCUCAACCAAAGAGUGUUGUUCCCUUCUCAAACUCAUUUGAAUACUUUUCUAGAGGCUUGAGGAGGUAAAAAAUAUUCAGUAUUAAGAUAAAAUAAAAUUACAGAAAAUCUUGGCAGCUGCAUCAUGUUAUGUUAAAAGGCAAUUUUCCCUAACUGUGUCCAUUUCAAGUCACAGUCUAAUGAGAGAUUAAAAACACUUUAAGUAAUGGCCAGACGCCUCAGCUCUGUGACUCUGGCUCUCACUGCUGGGACCAUGAGCCUGCCUUAGUCUGCCUCUCAGAGAAGACAGCCAAUGACAGUCCUCCUUAAUUUGGCUUUUCUCUUCGGUUCAUUUCUGCGCUGUCCUGUUGUUUUAAACCUGUCCCUCCUCUUUCUUUUCUGUUCUCCUCCUCCUCCGUCGGCCCUCUGAUGAACAACCAUGCAAGUCGGGGUUUUUUUUUUUUUUUUUUUUCAUGUUAUCAAUCUGUUUACUUCUGAAACUCUUGUGGGACUUGACAGAAGUGAGGGGAAAACCCCUCUAGGAGGCACAACAGUAAGUCUAGUUUCACAAAAUGACUCCUCCUCGACAAAUCUGACUUGUAUGGUUUCUCAUCCGACCGCCAAACUGUGCUUUACAUAUUUCUGUACGUGUGAGACAAUGAUCCCAUAAGACAACAGCAGCUCGGGACCCAGGACUACUGUUUCCUCCUGAUUUUUUUUUUUUUUUUUUUUUUAUUGUUCUCUGCUAACUUCUCCUGCAUUAGCUACCAUAACUAUACAGUAUAUGCAUUGUUUUAUAAAGAUAAAGAACUGUACAGGGCAGUUUAGGUAUAUAAUAUUUCAGAUUUUUUUUUGUUGCUAUUCCUUAAAUAUUCUUAUUAACAGAAGAUGUAAGAAAGUCAGUGCAUGAUGAUGAUUCCUCCCCCCUACACAAUGUUUCCUUCAAACUGUAAAUUAUUCUGCUGCCCUUUGUUUUUGCUUCUGGCAAAUAUUUCAGGGUUUUUUUUUUUGUUUUGUUUUAGUUACAUGCUUAAAAGAUUGAACUUUUUUUUUUGUUUUGUUUUGUUUUAAUUGGUUGGCAGAAGAAAAGCGUUGACUGCCAGCCGGCCCCCUUUCAGAUAGCUACAACGGGCUCCGAAUAAGAUUGUAAUAAUAAUAUUAAUGAUGAUGAUGAUAAUAAUAAUAAUAAUGGUCGUUUUUUUUGUAAAUGGUAUUUUAAAAGUUAUUUUUGUAUACGCGGUUGUUUGUUGCGUCACAAGUCCACUGCUCCCCUCCCAGCCCCCGUUUCUCUCCUUCUUUCUUACAUAUUUUCUUCAUCUCUCCCCCCUUUUUUUUUUUAUUUUAAAAUUUCUCCUCCAUAUGCUACUUUUCCAUUUUUUUUCUUUCUCUCUGUCUCUCAGCUUGCUCUUUUAAUGUAGAUGGAGAUGGAUCUCCUUCUCUGGAUAAAGAGCAUCUCAUUAUUUUUCUCUUAUUUUUACUUCCGCCAUACUUCCCCUGCUGUUUUCUCUCUUUCAUCUUCCUCCCUCCCACCAUCAUUUCUACCUCCUUCAUUUUUAAAAGUUUGUCCUUUCAACACGUCUUCGUGCCAACAGAUUGGUUUGCUUUAUUAAUGCAUCUCUAACUUGUUGGUGGUUCAAAGUAACGUAAUAUAAUACGCUCAUAAACUGACUAAUAGACAUGUUGAGAAGAGACAUUUUUUAAAACUUUAUUUAUAAUUUCUCAUCUGUUUAUUUUUUUUUCCUCAGCCUCCAUUUCUUUCUGUUUAUCCACCACAACUACGCUCAUCUAUCCAACACCCCCCCCCCAACACACGCACACUAGCCUCGAUCUCAGAAAGAGCCCACCUGUGCCUUUAAGAGAGAGCCCGCCCACCCGCCCUCCCCUUUCCCCUCUCCACCAAUCGUCAUUAGCGGCAUGAGCGUGAGCGAUGUGAUUCGCUGCUGCUUGCUCAUUGCCUCCUGUGGGACUCUUAUUCAGCCACAAACCCCCCCCCCUACCCCGUCCCUCCCGUCCCUUCCCUCACCCGUCCCCCUCCUUACACACACACACACACCCCCAAAA